AUGGAUGGAAAAUUCUACAAGAGCCCAAGUCACUUGGUGCGAAGCCGAGGCGGAGGAGGCGGUCCCGCUUUGCUUCGCUUCGCUUCGAGGGAGGGAAAGCCGGCCACCUUCCCGCUGCCAGCGUCGGCGUCGGCGUCGGCGUCGGUCGCGUCUCCGCCCGCAGCCGCAGGCACCGCCGCCCCCUCGCUCCUCCUCUCCGGCGAGCUCGGCGACUCCCUCGCCGCGGAAUCCGACGCUCCUCCCGCUUCCGCACGCCCGCAGGUGCAGAGAUACCUCAUCAUGUCAGCUGCUGCCGUGGACUCUGCUGCUGUGGCGGUGCGGAACACGUGUGGCUGCAAAAACACCGGAUGCAAAACCAGAAAGUGCGCUUGUUUCAGGGAUGGUUUGCCUUGCAUUCGUGGGCGAUGCAAGUGCGAGGGCUGCGCGAACAAUUCGAGGGGGCUGGCUAUAGAUGUGUUGCCGACGAAGUGCAGCUGCAAAAGCACCAGAUGCAAAACCAGGGUGUGUGCAUGUUUCAGGGAGGAUUCGCGUUGCACUGGUCUAUGCAAGUGUGUCGGCUGUGAGAACAAUCCGCGUGGGCUGGUCAAUGAGGCAGAUAGCAGGCCGAAGAAGUGCAAAUGCAAAAGAACCAAAUGCAAAACCAACAUGUGCACAUGUUUCUGUGCGGAUUCGCAUUGCACUGGUCUAUGCAAGUGUGAGGGCUGCGAAAACACUCCGCAGGGGCUGGUCAAUGAGGGAGAUAGCGGGCCGAAGAAGUGCAAAUGCAAAAGAACCAAAUGCAAAACCAACAUGUGCACAUGUUUCAGUGCGGAUUCGCGUUGCACUGGGCUAUGCAAGUGUGAGGGCUGCGAGAACACUCCGGAGGGCCUGGCCAAUGAGGGUGAUAAGGGGUGCACCUGCAAGUUAAUCAAAUGCAAAACCAAGAACUGUGGUUGCCUGAAUCGCGGGGCCAGGUGCACCUUAAAAUGCAGUUGCCAAGGGUGCGAAAAUGGAAAAGGGACCGGAGGGGCAGCUGAUACGUCCCAGGAUAGCAGGGAGGCUCAGGUUCCAACAAGCGAAUAAGAAUCGGGUGAUGACAGUAGGCUUGAGACAUACCAGAGCAUGAUGCAAGUCACCUUACAUACUUACCAUCCUUGUAAUGAUUACUCGAAGCAAGCACGGCGAGAACUCCAUGAUCUGCGAUGUCGUUAACCUCAGCCUCAGGGGGCUCUUGAUCAGACUGAUAGAUACUUGAUGCUCCCUCUGUAACAUUUUAUAAGACGUUUUGAGUCCAUGGCAGUGUCAAAAAACGUCUUAUAUCAUGUCACCGAGGGAGUACAUAUAUACUCCUGUAAGAAUAGUUGCCCUCAUCGGUUGCCGUCCAUACUCGUUCUUAUGCAUACAUACUUGCUGCAAAUGAUUUCUCUCUUAUAAACUUUAGGAAUUUUCUGAUGGUGUUUGAAAAUUGAAACCCACUAGUACUAGUAUGCAUGGACAAAGAGGCCCUGGUGGCAUUAUUUC